CAUUUGGCUCGACCAAGCAUAGCAGGGCUGGUGUAAAAUGCCACCAACCAAAACACGGGAUUAACGCAGAUUGUACCUUUGAUUGGCUAUUGGAGAGGUUUAUGGAACAUAUUAUAUACUGUGGACGUCCAGGGGCGGGGCAUAACAAAAAGUAAUGGCCAUUUAUGUAGGGUCUGGCAAGACAGUGGAUUUCAGUUAUUCUAUAGAAUUCGCCUUUUGUAGAGCAUGACAAAAAAGGUAAAUACCGUAACCUUUAUUACUAGGCGUUUUCGUUCAUAGCAGUCGCGUUCGGUCUGAAUACAAUUGAUACAUCGCCUGAACUCGAUUGCGCGAUUAGGGUUAACCAGCCAGCUACACGGUAACGAUCAGUAUCAGCUCUCCGAGCCAGCGUUCAGAGCCUUCGUUUGGGCGUGAUAGUUCUGACAUUUCGAGUCGAUCACAUACGGGUCUUUGUAAUACGCAGUUAUUACACAGUAUCGAACAUAUUUACUACAGGUCAACAUGGAGAGGAUUUUUUUUCUCUAGAUAUUGACGACGAAAAACGGAUUAAGGGCAACUUGGUCUCGGGAAAAGUUGGACACAGGAUUAGAGAUAUAUUAAUGGUUAAGAGAGUUGUCAAGUCUUUAUCCGCCAUCUACAAACAAGGGCAUGCCAAAAUCUCAGUGAUGGAAAAUACGGCUGUGAUUACCUCCACUCUGGCCAAUGAGGAGUUUGACAGAAACGUACCACGGAUCUGCGGUGUGUGCGGGGACAAGGCCACCGGUUUCCACUUCAAUGCCAUGACCUGCGAGGGCUGCAAGGGUUUCUUCAGACGCAGUAUGAAGCGUAAGGCUAGCUUCACAUGCCCCUUCAACGGCAGUUGCACCAUCACCAAGGAUAACCGCCGCCACUGCCAGGCCUGCCGGCUCAAACGCUGCGUGGACAUCGGCAUGAUGAAGGAGUUCAUUCUGACAGAUGAGGAGGUGCAGCGGAAGAAAGAUCUGAUCCAGCGGAGGAAGGAUGAGGAGGCGCAGCGGGAGGCGCAGAGGGAGGCGCAGCGACCCCGGCUGAGCGAGGACCAGAGCCAGGUCAUCGCCACGCUGGUGGAGGCACACCACAAGACCUACGACGACUCCUACUCCGACUUCAACCGCUUCAGGCCUCCGGUCCGUGAAGGCCCAGUGACACGCAGUGCAAGCAGAGCUGCUUCUCUCCACUCUCUGUCUGAUGCCUCAUCUGACUCCUUCAGCCACUCUCCAGAGUCUGUGGACACUAAGCUGAUGAACUUCAGUAACCUGCUGAUGAUGUACCAGGACCAGGGUGGCAGCCCGGACUCUAACGACGACGACGGCUCCAAGCUCUCCAUGUUGCCCCACCUGGCCGACCUGGUCAGCUACAGCAUCCAGAAGGUCAUUGGUUUCGCUAAGAUGAUCCCCGGUUUCAGGGAGCUGACGGCUGAGGACCAGAUUGCCCUGCUCAAGUCAAGCGCCAUCGAGGUGAUCAUGCUGCGCUCAAACCAGUCCUUCAACCUGGAGGAUAUGUCCUGGAGCUGUGGUGGGCCCGACUUCAAGUACUGCGUCAACGACGUCACUAAAGCGGGCCACACUCUGGAGCUGCUGGAGCCCCUGGUUAAAUUCCAGGUGGGACUUAAGAAACUCAACCUCCACGAGGAGGAACAUGUGCUACUCAUGGCCAUCUGCCUCCUCUCCCCAGACCGUCCUGGCGUGCAGGACCACGGGCGCAUCGAGGCACUGCAGGACCGUCUGUCGGAGACGCUGCAGGCCUACAUCCGGCUGCACCACCCAGGCGGCCGCCUGGUGUAUGCUAGGAUGAUCCAGAAGCUGGCGGACCUGCGCAGCCUGAACGAGGAGCACUCUAAGCAGUACCGCUCGCUGUCCUUCCAGCCAGAGCACAGCAUGCAGCUCACCCCGCUGGUGCUGGAGGUGUUCGGCAGCGAGUUCACUCGCGUUUCGCCCAUCUGAUACAACUGGGUAGUUGUAUGUAAGGAAUACCUCCACCUGGUUUACGCCAUAUUCAGCUUACAGUGAACAAGGACAGAAGGGAGGGAGCAACUUCCUGGAAUGAAACGCAGCGAGAGACUUAAUUGUGACCUCUGUAUAGAGGGGUCAUGAGUCGUAUGGUUUCGGUCGGAGAGUUGGUGCGUCUGCUCCUCUUGGUACAGUUGGCAUGGUCUUUGCCCUUACUAGAUGUUUCUCACUCUGUCCCCUAUCCAUCUCUCUCUCCUUCUUUCCCUCUAUCAGCUAGUAAGUUUUCUCCACUCUCAUAUCCCCCAACCCACCUUUUUAGAGUAAACUCUUCUCUGUAGAUCUUCAUAUUUUCAGGGCAGAAGCUCUGACAGGACAAAGAUCAGUAUCCAUUUAAUGCUGCUUUUAUCAAGAGCAUCAUAGAUCGAUCAGUGUGUUGUUAUUCUUACUAACAUUGGCACGGUUGGGUAUCGCCCAGCAGAUAUAUGCUAACCAGGACAUGUGAGGCCACAGUGUCUGUCAUGCUAUGUAGUUUUUUAAAGCCAAGUAGUUUGGGUUGGUAUAAAGCUAUAGGAAGCUGGUUCUAGAAAAGCACGCAUGGGCAAGUUCCUAUUUGAACAAUGUAGACUUGAGGAGGUUGAUGCCCAUUUAUUGACUUUGAUUAAACCACUUUAAUCUAUCAAUGAGGCGGCAAGUAUUGUGUAAUAUUAAUCACCAGCUAAUCCACCUUCCAACAUGAAGGCAGUUUUCUUCUUUUUUUUUGACCAGAUAUUCUAAGUCUUUGACUCUAAUCCUUUGAGCAUACUCCCUCUGGUGAACUGUAUGUGCACCAUUUGGUUGACAUUGCUCAAUAAGUACCAAUUCAAGAUGUUGGUUUAACUGCUACUAAUAUCUUUGAAUACAGUUUUUGAAUACUUUUUGACAAUGCUUCCUACCAUCUUUCCAACUGUCUCGAUUUUGAUGGUUUGUAUUCAAACAGAACUUUUAAAAAAGAAAAAUGUGUCCAGCAAAAGCAGUCAGAUUGAUAAUCAGUUGUCGUGCUAGCUAUUGGAGGUAUGUAGACCUCGCUAGACAUCAAAUCGAUAUAAACUAAUGCAAAUAACAGUACCUUAAAGUGACCUGCAUGCACAAAUAAUUCAUUUUUCACAAUGAAAAUGGGGGAAUUGGCUCCCAUGUACUCCUCACGCUACACUUUGGAGUACAAGGCAGGGAGUGAAAGGAGUUCAGAAUUAGUAGUGAUUAGCUAGCUUUGUGUUACCUAUGUAUUAGCUAUAGAUAUUGACAGCCAGCAGACACUGUGGUCCCUCGGGGCCUGAGUUGAGUGCCUAUAUGAACCUUUUAAGGACUGGAGAGUGUUUUGCAAAGCAGAAAUUUAAAGUUAGCAAUCUAGCUUUUCCAAGUAUCUUUUCCAAGUAUCGUAAAACAACUCAAAUUAGUUCUUGAUUCUCGAGACAGCUAAUUUCAAAGAUUGGUCAAUAGUAUUUCCUUACCUAUUAUUCUAGCAGCUAACUGCGAUUCUACUUUACCGGUCUUUGUGGGCAAGAAAAUCUAGUUUAAGAAGAAUUGUUAAGCUAAAAUGUUAGAUUGUUAAAUGAAUAAUCAUGUUUCUAACACACUGCACCACUUCACAUUCGAUGGAAAGCCAGAAACAACAGAAGCACUUAAGGUAUUGUUUGUAACACAAUGCAUACAUUUGGAUGAAUAUGCUCUACAUAAAUGCCUGUCCAUUUCAGCAUUAUAUGGCUGCAAUUAUCAAAGUAAUUCAUCUAAUUUCUUGCAAUGUAUAUUUUUGUUUUUAUUUCAUUUAAGAUGUUUUUUUCUUUCAAUUACAACAGACAUUAUAAAUUGGUGUUUAUGUAAUGUUAUUUUUGUCAGAUGUUUUUUUCUUUCUAUUACAACAGACAUUAUAAAUUGGUGUUUAUGUAAUGUUAUUUUUGUCAGAUGUUUUGCAAAUCAAAUAAUAAACAACUGUGUAGUGUU